GAGACGAAUCCGUAGCACGAAGUGAUGCCACAAUGCUUUUCACCCUCGUUCGUAUUCGUAACAUUGAGGUGACUUUUUGAGAUUCGGACAUUGCUGUCGCGCGCUUCUCGAAAUGGAGUCCGAACAGCUGGAGAAACUUCGCCAGUCGCAGCUCAAGGGCCUGCGGUCCUGCGACGCGAAGAUCGAGCGGUGGGCUCAAUUCGAGCGCGACUACGAGGCCCUCGGCGAGCGGCUGCGCACGCUGCCCGAGCGCGUGAGCCACGAGGUGAUGGUGCCGCUCAACUCGCUCGCCUUCAUGCCGGGACGGCUCAUCCACACGAACGAGGUACUCGUGCUCCUGGGCGACAAUUGGUUCGUCCAGCGGUCAGCAAGCCAGGCGAUGGACAUCGCCAAGCGGCGCGCCGAGCAAUGCAAGAAGAUGCGGGAAGAGUUGAAAGCCGAGCGGGAACAGCGCACCAACUGGAUUAAGUACACGGACGAGUUGCACCGCGAGAGCGGCUACGCGGACAUUCGGGAGCCGUACGACCCGGCCGAGGAAAGCGCGUGGCGGGAGAGACACCGCAAGAGCGUGCGCGACUACCACACGUCCAAAAAGGCCGCGGGAGGUGAGGCACAUCAGCCGGCCAAAGAUGACGUGUGGAAACUGCUCGAGCGCCUGGAGUUGCAAGAAGAGCAGGAAGAGGAAGAAACCUGUACGAGCGUCGCGCCCGAGACGACUUCACAUGACGAGGCCUCCCGCAAAGUCCGAUGGCAAGACGAGAGCAGCGGCCACAUCAGCUUCUCCUACUCGUCGAGUGAUACCUGCUCGGCGACCACGGCCACUUGCAGUUCGGACGCGUUGCUAAGUCCGGGGGACAUCUUGCGCAUAUUUGGAGGAUCCGAAGGCAGCGUGGCAAAGUCUAUACUGAAGAAUUCGUCGGAUGUGAAGCCCCUGACGCUGCCCAAGGCGUCGGUAUCGUCUCCUGUUGUACCGGCACCGAGAGAAAGGCCAAAGCCGAAGUUUGACGACGCGUUCACGGGAAAUGUCGUGGAACACCGCACUAUCGCACCUUCGUCGACGACAAUUGACUUUGAUGUUACUGACGUAGAAUUACCGGCACCACUAAACAAGCCAAGUUCGUUGUUUAAGUCAAGGAGGAGAACAAAGCCAUAGACUCAAAGCACUGAACAAUGGCUUGUGGUACUCUACAGAAAACUGGACACAGAAAGUCUGUGCGACUGUGAACAGUGCUUUUUCUGUGAUCUUAAAAUACCUUCUACUGGACUUGCAGCUGUUACUACGAGGUGCCUAAGGAGCGUGUAAACUAAUGUGAAAAAACAUGCUAGGCUAAACACACGCAGUGCACGUAACAUGUUAGCGAAGUCAGUAUACUUAGCUGUGUUCUUUAGGCCGGACACGAAUACUGAUGUUAGCUGUCAGUGAAAGACCGCACGAUUUGCCUUGCUGUAGCAUAACUGCAGCUUUUUCUGUUCUUAAUUUACUAAUGUUUUUGUGGACCACAGCGAUAGCAUGAGAUGAAUAUGCUGUUGCGUCUUGAACGCAUGUUGACUUUGUAAGUUAUACGGUAAAGCAUUCUGUAUAAGAGGCAUAUGUUUCUUAUUAAAGAUUUAUUUCCAGCACAGCUCACAACGUAAUUUUGUAUUCUCUACUGGCAUUUUCACAGUGCCUGUAAAAAGCUACGAAAAUCAUUUUUUCAAACUGCAGAGGAAUGGCUUAUGGUUUUAGAUGUGUAUUGUUGUUUGGCUGAAGGGCAUACAGCAUAUUAUUUUGGGCAGGAAUACAACAGGUAUAACCAAGUAAUCUGGUUCCGCUCCUGCAAAUAGCCAAGAUGGCAGAGCGUCUUCCAUAAGAACAGUAUUGGGAGAGAGCCGACAAAGUCUUGAUGAUUUGAACUUCGCAAGCUGGAGCAUUCUUCUGUGCUUGGUGAUGAUGGCAGGGGUGUUGUGUGUCAAAAUUAUGCUAUAAUUAUGAGACACGCGAUAAUGAGAGCCUCUGAGUUAAUUUCGAUCACCUGAGGUUCUUCAACGUGCACCUAAAUCCAAGUACAUGGGUGUUCAUGCAUUUCGCUUCCAUUAAAAUGCAGCCAUCGUGGCCGAGAAUUUAACUGCAUCCUGGAGCUUAGCAGUGCAAAACAUUUACCACAAGCUACCACAG